CAAGCCACCUCGCAUCCCCACCCAGUAGCCUCUCGGGGGAGGGCGGAGGUGUGGCGGAAGCUCCUCCCCCUCCUGCCCAGCGUUCGAAUGGGCUGGCCCACAGUCCCGGAGAGAGAUAAUGACAAUAUAUACCACUAAUGACAGCGGCGGCAGCUCGGGUGUUGCGCCCGCCAGCAAGCUGCUCGUCCACGAGGGACUGCGAGGAAGCUCCGACUUGCGCCUCCUUCGGGAGCCGGGAACGCUCCUUACGAGACUGGACGAGGAAACGGACUACCACCAACCUUUGCGUUCAAACCCCGGUUUCAUUGCGUGGUCGUGGCUGUGGCUUUUAAUCCUGAUCGGGAAGGAUUUGCGCGUGCCUUUCGGGGCGCUUCCGCGGAAAAACUCAGGAAUCGCUUCGCGGAAGGGAAUAGUUUGAAGUUGCUUCCAACUUUCCAGCCACCUGUUGUUCUCAACUUCACCGCGUGAAGCAAACGACGAGGAAGGGAGAGGGAGGGAGCGACGGCAUCUCCUGAAGAAAAGCAUCUCUACCCUGGUCAGACGCUUCUAGGGGGACAGCGUUCAAAUUUGGAAACCCUGCCCAGGUGGUGAGAAGAAGCUGGCGCCAGAAAUAAAAGUUCACCCGAACGUCUCUGCUCUGCCAAGAGCGAAGCGCGCUGAGUUUGCUUUCUAAGAAAGCGACGGUCGCCGGGCGGGUGGGAAAAGAACACCGCACCUGAGACGCGCUCCAAGACGCUCCCCCAGCCACCCGCUGCCGCUUCCGAAACACUUUUCCAAAGAAUACAAACAUCGCCAACUUUUCUCCAAACCCUGGCCUUGCCAGGAGGGAGCUGAAUUUGGCUUCCUCUAGGGAGAGUCUGCAGAGGGAAAGAGAAAGCCCACCUGCCAGCGCUUUGGAACCACGCCCUACCUUUCGGAGGUUCCAGAGUGGGGACGAGCUGUUCCUACAUUUUUCUCCCCCACCCGCCCCCAUCCCGAGACUUUGACGAAGUCGACAUGCACCCCCACUAUUGAUACUGUCUCCCGGAGACCGAAGCCUAGGUCGCCAGAGCCCCGAAGCCCGCUCCGCCGAGGGAGGAGGCAGGAGCGCUCUGGGAGGCGGGCAGCUGUAGCCGAGCUGGAGGCGCGACCAUGAAGCUGGAGAUCUUUGCUCCGCGAUACGAGGACAAGCUCAGCAGCAACAGCGUCAGCGACCACGAAGGCAGCAGCGAAGCGUCGCCGCGGGCCGCCGAGAGCGAGCUGGGCUCCGACGGGGACUGCGCGGCGCUUAGUCCGGCCAGUGGCUGCGGGGGCUCUCCCCGGCAGGGCUCGGAGCCGUCACCGUCGCCUUCCCCGGGGGGCGAGUGUCAAGCGGCGGUGGGGCUGCCUGGAAAGCCAUACACGCGCCGCCCGAAGCCUCCCUACUCGUACAUCGCCCUGAUCGCCAUGGCGAUCCGGGAUUCGGCCGGGGGCCGCCUGACCCUGGCGGAGAUCAACGAGUACUUGAUGGGCCGCUUCCCUUUCUUUCGCGGCGCCUACACGGGCUGGCGCAACUCGGUGCGGCACAACCUGUCGCUCAAUGACUGCUUCGUCAAGGUGCUGCGGGACCCGGCCCGGCCGUGGGGCAAGGACAACUACUGGAUGCUCAACCCCAACUCCGAGUACACUUUCGCCGACGGCGUCUUCCGCAGGAGGAGGAAGCGGCUCAGCCGCCCAGUUCGCGGCGCCUACACGGGCUGGCGCAACUCGGUGCGGCACAACCUGUCGCUCAAUGACUGCUUCGUCAAGGUGCUGCGGGACCCGGCCCGGCCGUGGGGCAAGGACAACUACUGGAUGCUCAACCCCAACUCCGAGUACACUUUCGCCGACGGCGUCUUCCGCAGGAGGAGGAAGCGGCUCAGCCGCCCAGGGCCCAUCCCCACCGCCGCGGGCUCCCCCUCGGCGCAGCCGUCCCCCGCGCCCGCUUCCCCGAGCGCCGAUCAGAAGACCCUGCCGGGGGAACCGGGCGUGGGAUCGGCCGCCGGCGCCUCGGCCGCCGGCACGAAAUUCUCCAGCCCCUUCGCUAUUGAGAGCAUCCUGAGCCGACCGUUCCAGCCUUCCGAACAGCAGCCGCGGCCCCCCGCCACGCCGGCGGGAGAACGGGUAGUGGCGUGGCCCGCCCCCGCGAGCUACUCGCGGCUUCUCGCUCCGCCGGCCGUCUCCUACGGCCUCGUCCCUACUUUCCCCUUGGCGGCGGCCUCUGCCGUUUACCACUACGACCCUCUGCUGCUAGAGGCCUCCAAGGGAAAGGCUUUGAGUGCCCGCGACCCCCACCAGCCCUUCCCCGCCAGGACCUCUUCUUUCUCCUCUCCCCGGCUUUCCUCGGCGCAGCUGCAAGCGCUGGGCGUUUCUCAGCUCUACUGCCCCCUCCGGCUGCCCAGCUCAUUGCAGCAGGUGGGGGCCAGUCACAACACCUAUAGGCCUUACGCAACAGAAACUCUAUCGGUGUAACGAUCGAACAGGCUAAGACCCCUCCCUAGCGAAGGGCUGGGUAACGUGAGGACAGACGAGAACGGGCUCCCGACGCACUUUAAAAGAAUAGAAAGGAAAAAAAAUUCCAGAGACUCAGAAGAUAAAAAGACGGUGCCUUAACGCUGUUUUUGUUUUUCUUGAGACCGAAACCAAAAAGCUAUUCAGAUUUUUUUUUUAAAAAAAAAAAGAAAGGUUGGACUCUAAGAUGGACAGCAGAGCUUCUUUCCGAUUGGUUGAAGGGAAACCGUUUCCUGCCGAUGGUUGGCUGUUCGAUGGUUGGUGGGCAUCGAAAAAUGGGAUCCUUUCUCCAGGGCUGUAAUUAAAGCAUGUACUUACCCCGAAGUAAGUCCCAUUAAAUUCAUUUGGGCUUGUUCUCAGGUACCUGUUAAUUGCAUUGGAGCUUGAAACUGGGAGUUUCAGCAGUAGUCACAAGCCAACUUAAAUAAGGAUGCUAACCUUUAUUAAGGGUGCUCCUGAACAGGCAGGGCUGCUAUCAAAGGUGCUGAUACUUGGCCAGUGAAAAACUGAAACUACAAAAGCCUCAACUGUAUUAAGUGAGGGAUAAACUACCUGACUUAAUUCUGCCCUUCCCAUGGGUCAUGUUGUCUAGGGCAGAUGGGAUUUAAAAUCCAAAUACUUGGAAGGUGCCGGGUUGCCAGUCUCUGGUGAACUUGAAUCAAGGCUGACUCCUGCGCAUCUUUCAGCUUGGAGCAAGCUCCAGGGGACACAAAGGGAGCUAAACUCCCAGAGCAGCUUUAGACCAAGCAAGAAGCUUCGCGUCUGUGUAUGCAUUACUUAGGUAAGCAUGCUUCAGCUCCAUAUAGUGGCCUGGGGAGAGGAGAGCCCAAUUGCAGCACAGCUGGGAGCCAGGGAGGUCAGAGCCCUCUGAAACAUGCCUAUGCAGCGGCGGCAGCAGCAGCAGCGAGGCCAGUGGACUCAAGCACCCUGUGCAUUUGACUCAUCUGGCAACUGGGAGAUCAUCAAAUGUCAUGCCAGGCCCUGUCCUUCCAGCAAGGAAGCUCCUGUAAUGCUGGGCUCCUGUAAGGCCAGAGUGUGCUAAUCUGCAGGAAAGCAAUUCUUAAGUGUUGGAGGGGGGAGCAGUAUGGCAUAUAUACAGCCAAGGAAUGGGAGAGGGUCAACAGGCAUAACGGGCCCUGGCCAGGCGGUUGCAACUUCUCCAGGGUUAGGGUUAGGGUUAGGGUUGAACUACAGCAGCCAUUCCCAGUACUGACUAAUGCUACCACUAGAUGGCAGCCAAUCGAUGUAGAAAACUCUAAUUCUUUGCUGCCAUCUAGUAGCCUUCCAGAGUUUUUCAGCCCAGAUCCAAUAGUGCUAGUUCAGAUGCAACCUGGUGGGGUGGCUUCCCCCCCACCCCCCAAGAACCCCAGGCACCAGCAAGUUCCUCUCCCCUGAAUAUAAGCACUAGCUUUUUAAAUGGUGACUAAUGCUGGGAGGUGGGUAUUGAGGGGUUUGCCUUGGGGCCCAGAGAGUUCUACUGGCAGGGCGGGGAAUGGACUACAAAGUGAUUUUAUGGAUGUCAGUCCGCUGAAUUUCAUCACAUGUAUUCUGGAAUAAACUCUGCUCUAGAACUGCAGUCUUAAACUGAUUUAAAGUAAGCUCUAGGCUUACUUUAACUAUGUAACUGGAUGUGAAUCAUGAUUUUAGACACUGAAAUAAUGGAAUCAGGGUUUUGUUUAAGAAUGCUUAAUGGCACAUCACCUCUGGGCUGAAAAGGCUAUUAAAAAAUACAAAUGCCGGGUUUUCCAAAAACUGGACUUUUGGGAUCUUGUUGCACAUACCUCUCCCUAUGAACUGCAGGGAUUCAGUUAUUUAUAACCUGUAAAACUCUGAUGUUUAAACAAAUGCAGGCUAUCAGUUUUUCAUUUUAAUUUUUUUUAUUUCAAUGAAAAUAUACAUAUAAAUAUAUAUAUUUUAAAAAUAAAUAUGAUUCCCCACCCCAUUGAUGUGAGCUUGUUUGCUACACCUAAUUGAUGUUCCUUUCCCUUCACUCCCACCCCAAGAAACAGAUGCUUUGCUGGUUAUAUCCUGACAACUUCUCAUCAGCUGGGGUCCAGCCAAACUCUUUCAAAGCAGGAGAGGGAGGCCCAAGUAGAAACCCAGCAAAAAGUGUUGCUCUGAAAAGGAAGAAUACUUUCAGAAACUGCCUGUCACAAAGCAUGUGUAUGUGUACAUGGGUUCAUGAAACUCUUGAUCAAGAUAAUUUUCAAAUAAAUGAUGGAAUUUUUAAAAAGUCCUGAAUUUGGA